AUGGUCCAAAAUCCAGGUGAUCAGACAUUGAACGGACUCCGCGUCAUUGCCAAAAACGUGAUUGGUAAAGCGGGAUAUGAUGCCAACAUGCCAUGGACAACGACUGAGCAUCACACACCCGGUAGUUUGGGUGGAGAAACGGGAGCUUAUUUCCAAACCAUCUCCUUGGUCGCCGAUCACAUUCUUCCGGCGGCAUUGUUGCCAUCUUGGUUCAUGAAGUUGCCAAUCAUGCCAUCUUCGCUGCAAACACUUGGCGUUCAGAUGGACAAGAUUCCACAAUACAUCAAAUCAAUGCUCAAAGGAGAACGAGAAUCUGCCUCCAAAAAGCCCCGAGAUAACUUCUUGAGCAUGCUUGUCCGCCUCUCAGAUCAAGAAGCGAAGUCCUCCGGGAGUUUCUUGACCGAAGAGGAGAUCAGUGGAAACCUCUUUACUUUCACUGCUGCUGGAUUUGAUUCCACUGCCAACACAAUGGGAUAUGCCGUGACACUGUUAGCUGCAUAUCCAGAAUGGCAAGAGUGGAUUCGCGAGGAGCUUAGUAGCAUCGAUGCGGACUUGACGAGAUGGACAUAUGAAAGCAUUUUUUCCAAGUGUCCGCGUAUACUUUCUGUGAUGCAUGAAACGCUCCGUCACUUCCCACCGGUACUCCAUUCAACACGUUGCGUCGCUCAGACGCAGGAGGUUGCUGACGAAAACGGUACCCACGUUCUUCCAGCGUCGAUGGAAGUGUUUGUCUCCCACCAGUGUAUCCACAGAGACCCCUCCAUAUGGGGCGAUGAUUGCAGGGAAUUUAGACCAUCCCGGUGGAUCGACAGUGCUGGUCAGAUCAUUACUCCGGCGAAGGGCACAUUUUUACCCUGGUCUGCUGGUCCGAGGAUCUGCCCCGGUGUGAAAAUGGCUCAGGUGGAAUUUGUUGCGACUCUUGCGACUCUGUUCCGAUCUGCGCGGUGCGAGCCCCUGCCUAGCGAUUCUCAGGAUCCGGAGACAUUGAGGCAGAAUCUUCGGGACGUUGUGGCAGACUCCAUCGUAAAGUUGACGGUCCAAGUUCGGGAUCCCAGGAAAGUAAAGCUGCGAUGGAUCCCGGAGUGA